AUAUUUUAUUCAUGCCUUAUGUUGGAGCAACUGGAGAACCGGCUUUCCUGUGGCCUAGAUGUUAUAUAUACACACACACACACCCAUGCAUUUGUAGAGAAACACAUAUUUUUGGAGAGAAUUUUAACCUUUCGGAGGAAGAGUGGACCUUCAGAAACACACAGAGAGGACGAAUGACACUCUUGUAGCCUCAAAAGUAACGCACUUGGAAAGAAAAGAAGAAAAAAAGGCUGAAGUGGGUUUGAAGCAUGGGCUGUGCUUCAAGUAUUCAUAUCUCUGAUAGGGUGGUCUACCACAGUGGAAAAGAGUCUGAGGAUUCCCACUCACCCCAGCAGACUAAUACAACUCAGCAUCAAGGAAAUCCUGCCUCCGGACUACCCCUAAAACCCCCUAGCUGCAAGGACUCAGGACACAAGAAAACAGAGAAGCAGUCAGCACACAAGAAAAUAGAGAAGGACAGUGGAGAAACCACAUCUGGAGAGGUGAGUACCUCGUUGACAGAGGUGCAGUUUGGACCAAUGAAGCUAUUUAAAGACCCACUUCAGGUACUUUUAGUUUUUGCCAAAGAGGACAGUCAAAGCAAUGGCUUCUGCUGGGCGUGUGAGAAGGCUAACUACAGGUGCAGUGUGGUGCGGACGCCUGAAUCCGCUCUCGAAUGCUUCUCAGAGAAGCAUCACGACCUCGUCAUCAUUGACCACAGACAUUCCAGACACUUUGACGCUGAAGCACUGUGCCGGUCAAUUAGAGCGGUCAACUCCUCAGAAAACACUGUGAUAGUCGCCGUCGUGAAAAGGCCAGACAGAGAGGAAGCCUCUGUGAUGCCGCUGAUCAAUGCUGGCUUUAAUAGGAGGUAUGUGGAAAAUGUCCAUUUGAUGGCCUGCUACAACGAGCUGCGACAGCUGGAGCACGGAGAGGUGCGGGCACAGUUCAAACUGAGGGCUAGUAAUGCCAUUUUCACAGCUCUGGAACAAAGCCAAGACGCCAUCGAGAUCACUUCUGAAGAUCAAGUAAUUCAGUAUGUGAAUCCUGCCUACGAGUCCAUUAUGGGCUACCAACAAGGCGAGCUAGUAGGGAAGGAAAUCAUAGAAGUGCCUAAAAGCGAGAAGAAUAAGCCUGAUCUUCUUGAAACGAUUAACUCCUGUAUACGAAAAGGAAAGGAGUGGCAGGGGAUUUAUUAUGCCAAAAAGAAGAAUGGAGACAGCAUUCAGCAAAAUGUGAAAAUCACACCUGUGAUUGGACAGGGAGGAAAAAUCAGACACUGUGUGUCUAUCAACAGGCCUUUAAAUGAUAAUAAUAAGACUGAUAAAUCCGCUGAUCGUGUGCAGGCAGAGUCACAAACAGAUAUACUAAGCUGUAAGCACAAAGACCGGAGGAAAGGCUCUCUGGAUGUCAAAUCCAUAACGUCUCGGGGGAGCGAUGGUAGCUCACAGAGAAGACACUCCUCAAUGGCCCGAAUUCACUCCAUGACGAUAGAGGCUCCCAUCACCAAGGUUAUAAACAUCAUAAACCAAGCACAGGAAAGCAGCCCCAUGCCUGUGGCAGAGGCCUUAGAUCGGGUGCUGGAAAUCCUGAGGACCACAGAGCUGUACUCUCCACAGCUGGGCACCAAGGAUGAAGAUCCACACACCAGCGACCUCGUCGGGGGGCUGAUGACGGAUGGUUUACGCAGACUGUCAGGAAACGAAUACAUCCUCGCCACAAAGCAGCCCAACCAUCUGCCAAGUAACCUGGCGACCCUUCUGUCAUUAAACGACAUCCCCCCUCGGAUCGCCCAGACGAUGGAAACUGAGGACUCAUGGGACUUUGACAUCUUUAGCUUGGAGGCUGCGACCAUGAAACGGCCUUUGACCUUCUUGGGCCUCAAGAUUUUCUCCCGCUUCGGAGUGUGCGAGUUUUUAAACUGCCCUGAAGCUACAUUGCGCUCCUGGCUGCAAGUGAUUGAAGCCAACUACCACUCCAGCAACUCCUACCACAACUCCACCCAUGCGGCUGACGUCCUGCAUGCUACGGCAUAUUUUCUCUCCAAGGAGAGGGUGAAGCAAAGUUUGGAUCCCAUUGAUGAAGUGGCUGCUCUGAUUGCCGCCACCGUGCACGAUGUUGACCACCCGGGCCGCACCAACAGCUUCCUGUGCAACGCAGGAAGUGAGCUGGCCAUUCUCUACAACGACACAGCUGUGCUAGAGAGCCACCAUGCUGCCCUGGCCUUCCAGCUCACCACCAGAGAUGAUAAGUGCAACAUCUUCAAACACAUAGAAAGGAACGAAUAUCGAUCGUUGCGACAGGCCGUCAUAGACAUGGUCCUCGCAACGGAGAUGACCAAACACUUUGAACACGUCAACAAGUUUGUGAACAGCAUCAACAAGCCGCUGGCUGCUCUGGAGGAGAACGGGAAUGAGACAUGUCAGGGAGCAGACAUUAGACCAGACGACAGCAGCAGCAAGGAGAGUGAUGCAGGGUCUUCUGAGGGAAGCAGUGACGAAGAGGCUGUCAAAAACGUCCUGACGUCCCCAGAGAACCGGAUCCUCGUCAAGCGGAUGCUGAUCAAGUGUGCAGACAUCUCUAAUCCGUGCAGGCCUCUGGAGCUCUGCAUAGAAUGGGCUGGCCGCAUCUCUGAGGAGUAUUUUGCACAGACGGAUGAGGAGAAGAGACAAGGUCUACCAGUGGUCAUGCCUGUGUUUGACAGAAACACGUGUAGCAUCCCAAAGUCCCAGAUUUCCUUUAUAGACUACUUCAUCACAGACAUGUUUGAUGCAUGGGAUGCUUUUGCAGACCUCCCCAAUCUUAUGCAGCACUUGGACAACAACUUCAAGUACUGGAAAGGCCUUGACGAUCGAAAGCUGCACACCCUGCGACCGCCUUCGGAGUAGCUGCUUGUGGCUACUCAGCCCUGGAAACCCGGGUGCAGAACCUUCUCUCCUGCUGGGGCGUCUCUCUCCCCCCCCACCCCCCUGUCAGCCCAGCCCAGCCGCACAGGGAGUCCUUGCCUUCACCCUCCUGCUUCUGUAGCACGUCGAGCGCCCCACAUGUCCGUCCACAGCAGAAAAACGCACAGAGGAACUUCCCGACACUGCCGAAGUGCUGCUGGCUUUUCACAGGCCUGUCGGAUGGGAACUGUAACCGUCGGAUACGGACAUUCAGCAUCCUCAUGAACUUCUCGUGCCUCAUAGGCAUUCGCAGUGUCGCUGUUGGCACGACUGAAAGGAGGACGGCGGGGGGCUUUCGGGGGGCGGGUCCUCACCGGUUUCUGUGGCAAAGCAUCCAUCCUCUGACUACCACGUUGGCACUCCUGUCUGCCUGUGAAGUUGCUGUUAGCAUCUAAAAAACUGUGUCUAGUCCAUUUAAGGCCAUGUAAUCACUUUUUCAACCUCUAGCUCGCAGCGAGGCAGAACCGCUCCUAGAAACGUUCCUAGAAACCAUUGGAGGCCACGUCAUAAAAGUACACUCCACCGCUUUUUUUUUUUUUUCAUUAUUUGUUCGUUCGUUUGUUUGUUUGUUUGUUUGUUUUUGUUUUUCAGGCAAUAUUUAUACGUGUCCUUCAGAAACACAAAGUUGACUCACGGCUGUCAUAACAGAAAUGAGAGCGGAUGUUUCCUUCAUGGGUCAGGGGUGGACCUUUUGUCCCAGGCCACUGCUGAGACGGCAAAAAAGAAGAAAAAAAACAACUCAAUUACAGGUUAUUUAGUGUGCUAAUAUUUUCUUAAAUUUUCACGUUUUCUAUAAUAAAAUUCACAAAUUAGUAAAUGAGUUGGAGCAGAAUGAAUUUAGAAUUAAAAAAAAAAAAGCCAAAGCUAUUAAAGACGAGUACUACUACUACUACUACGCUCAAAAAUUUACAAUUAUUAUUCAUGCGACCUUACUAAGCAUUUGUUGUUUUCUUAUCAAGAGUACAGUACCAGUUUGAAUAAACGAAUGAACCCUUUGUAUUGCACUGUACACAACAUUAGAAGUGUCUACGUCUCAGUGAUUUGUCCAGGAAUGGGAUGUUGCGUUGGAGAAUAAGCUGUUUUUCUGUUGAUCAUCAGGAGAUCGUCUGCUUGUCUGAAUGCAUGUGGGGGUUUGGUUUUCCUUUUUUGUUUGUUUUUUUUUUUUUGCUUUUCUUUCUUUUUUUUCUCCUGUUUUUUUGGUCGUUGUUGUGUGAGUGGGCGGGUGUGUUCAUUGUUGCAGCAACCCCAUACUCCUGGUUUGAUGCUGUAAAACUGCUUGACAUUUGACAACAGCAGCAGAAAUAUGUGAAAAUCGUUUGGACUUGAACAAUCCUUUUUCUUUUUUUUCUUUUUUUUUUUGUCCUCCCUGAAAUUUUUUGUAUCUGGUUUGACCUACUGAAAAAGAAGAAGAAGAAGAAGAAGGAAAAAAAAAAAAAGACUGCCUUAUUUUGUACAAUAUUUAUACAAUACAUCCCACUGUGCAACUGCAAUGGACAUCUGGAGUUUUUCUUAUAACACAUUCAGAAGGUUACCUUCAAGUAAAUCUCAAUAUUUUUAUAGACAAUGAAUUUUACACUGGAUUUGCAGCAGAUGAGAUCAACCAUAAUAGCUAUCUGAACACCUGUGAAGGAGAAAGCCACACAGAGCGUGCGCAUAGAGAGCUGAAUGGUAAAGCAGGAUGUGGAUUGCAGAGUCGUCUAUCACUGUCGUUAAAGCAGUCUCCUGGAGGCCAGCUUGCAUUGAUUUUUUUUUUUUUUUUUUUUUUCUUGUCUUUUCUUUUGAUCAAAACAUCACUUUAUAUUUGGCCAAUCGUCCAACACCCUUAUGCACAGACCCGGGUAACAUCGUUUUUUUGUUUUGUUUUGUUCAUUGUUGGAUUCAGAUUAGGAUACUAAUUUCUACGUUAAAAGAUCGAUGCUUCUUGAGAAGAUUUCCUCUUUAAACAGUAUAUAAAUGCCAUAACAGCUAAGCAACUACUGGUUAAUGAGAUGCAUUAACCACAAUUAAUUUUGUUUCUCUCUUAUGACAGAAUUGUACACUUAAUCAGGGGAUUUGUUUGUUCCUUCUGAUUCACGUUUUGGUCUGAAGGCACGGGGGGGAAAAAAUAGAACCUCUUCAAUGAAAAAUAAAAUGUCGACUAUA